UCCACAGAAGCGACUUUUGAGGUUCCCGAGUUCAAACUUCAUCGUUUGGAAGAAGGUCCUUGUCGAAAAGUGUCAUUAUCGAAAGAGGAUGCCUUGAAAUUUUACCAUCAAAUGUACGCGAUUCGUCGAUUAGAGGAUGCCUCGUCAGUUUUAUAUCGCGAAAAGGUUAUUCGUGGAUUUUGUCACUUGUAUACGGGACAGGAGGCAUGUGCCGUUGGGAUGAAAGCUGCUUUGAGAGACAUUGACUCCGUUAUCACUGCUUAUCGUUGUCAUGGAUGGACUUAUGUGAUGGGCGUUUCGUUACAUGGCAUUCUAGCUGAACUCACGGGACGCCAAACGGGAUGUGCUCGCGGCAAAGGAGGCUCCAUGCACAUGUACAGCAAGAACUUCUACGGCGGAAACGGGAUUGUUGGUGCCCAAGUACCUCUCGGAGUUGGAAUUUCCUUCGCGCAAAAAUAUCUCGGCACCGGAGGAGUUUGUUUGGCUUCGUAUGGCGAUGGCGCCGCCAACCAAGGACAAAUUUUCGAAGUCUAUAACAUGGCAAAGUUAUGGAAAACUCCAACAAUUUUCGUUUGCGAGAACAACGAAUACGGAAUGGGAACCUCGACUAAAAGAGCAGCUGCCAACACGGAUUAUUACACGCGAGGAGAUUUCGUACCCGGAAUAAUGGUCAACGGGAUGGAUGUCUUAGCAGUUCGAGAAGCGACGAAAUUCGCAAUAAAUUUUGUGCUGAAAAACGGACCAAUAUUGGUCGAAAGCAAAACUUAUCGUUAUACGGGACAUUCGAUGUCUGACCCGGGAACAAGUUACAGAACACGCGAAGAGGUCCAAGAAGUGCGAAAAACCAGAGACCCAAUAAUUUCUUUCCGCGAAAAGAUUUUAGCAGCAAAUUUAGUGACAAAUGAGGAAAUUAAAGAAAUUGAAAAUAAAAUUAAAGAUGAAAUUACGGAAGCCUCAAAAAAAUCUAGAACAGAUGAAGAAGUCCCAAUUGAAGAAUUAACAACGGAUAUUUACUCCAAAGCUGCAAAUUUAAAAAUUCGUGGGAUUCUUCCCUCAUCUGAGCUUGAACAUAGCACCAAAGGACUCGCUAUCAAUUUAUAA